AUGGAACGUGCAACAUUGAAAAUUGAAAUACCAUUUACUGAUCAUGCUCAUUGUAUUGGAAGACAAGGUAAUCAAAUUCAAAGUAUUAUGUCAGCAACAGAUACACACAUACAUUUUCCUGAUGGAAAUCGUGAACCAAAUGGAACAAAAUCUAAUCAAGUAUCAAUAACCGGUACAAUAACAUCAAUUGAACAUGCUCGUCAACGUAUAAAAGAUAUUUUACCUAUGACAUUAAAAUUUUUGAUUCCAUCAAAUAAAUUCCAUCAUAUUAUAAAUGAUGAUUGUUCAUUAUUUAAAACUGUUCGUACACGUUUUAAUGUUAUUGUUCUUUCACGUUCAUAUAUUAAAACUGGUGAUGUCUAUUGUAUUGUUCGUGGACUUAUUAAUCAAUCAGAAUUAGUAGAAGCAACAGAUUAUCUAAUUCAAGCAUUUUAUGGUUCUCAAGCAUCAUUAACUAAAGUAACAUGUCAAAUUGAAGUUAGUGAACAAUAUCAUAUUUAUUUACAAACUCGUCAACAAUCAAAAGAUAUGUGUAUUGAAUCUAUUGAACAGUAUACACAUACAACUAUACAAUUUCCGACAAUAAAUAUUAAUGGUUACGGAAGAAGAACAUCGGUGAUAAUAACAGGUUCUCCAACAGAAGUUUGUCAAGCAAGAAAAUUAUUUGAUUUAUGUUUACCAAUUAUUUUAACUUUUGAAGUACCGAAUGAAAAAGAACCAACACGUGCUCAAAUUAUUUAUAUGAGAGAUAAACUAAAUGUCACGACGAUUGUCCGAACACGUAAAGAUAAAUAUGGAAAAUUAAUAACUGUUCAAUCACAAGAGUAUAACAGUGAUCAAUUAUUUCGUGUUAGAUCGAUUAUUCUUGGUUUAACAGAAAUAAAUAAUGAUAAGUCUCUAUUUGAUCUAAAUUCAACAUCGACAUUUUCAUCUGAUCUUUCCAUACCGACUACAACAUGUACCUCUUCUUCGACUAUCUUAUCAACUAAUCAUACAGUAGAUAGUAUAUUAAUACCAAUUGAAACUUGCUACGUAUCACCAAUAGAACAUACUGAUACAUUACUUGUACCAGAAAAUAAAAUGAUUACAGCAAAAAAACCAUCACCAAUUGGUCACGAACGUUCAUCAAUACGAAAUCUCGAUCAAAAUUUAAUCAAUUGGUCAACAACUAAUGAUCAACUUCCAUCAGGAAAUUUAGAUUUUUCAUUAUCUCAAAAUAAUUAUUCAAGAGAAUUAUUAACAUUAUUACAUUCUACAAAUCUAGAAAAAUAUUAUUCAACAUCCUGUAACUUAAAUAAUUCAAUAUCAUAUAUAAUCGACGAUAUAACUACUAACAAUUCUCAUUUCUCAUUCUGUUGA